UUCAAUUACCUUACCUUUUAUUCAACCACCUUCUUUCAACUUCGUUACUAUCCUUUAUCACACUCUGAUCUCCAUAGCUUCACAUCUCAAACAAUCCAGAAAUGGAAGGUUUAAUCAAGGGCCUCAUAGAUGUUGCAAUCGGAAACGACGGCGACAACAACGAUCAACAAUCGCCUUCCCAAUCUCGCGAAGAUAGAUCCAGAUCCACUUGGGCACAGGUGGUUACUGGGGAGGAAGAUGGAGGAGAUCGGAGAGAUGGGUAUCAUCGGAAUCGGAGGAACAAUGAGGAAGAGGGUCGCUCACGGCGUGAGGAAUGGGAGGUUGAGGAUUCGAGGAUUUCUGGUCAACGGAAGCAGAGUGAAUAUGGUAGUGAGCAUGGUUACAACAGAAACCAGUGGGCUAAAGAGGAGAGCUCUGAGGAGAAAAAUGAUGGGUGGGAGACAGUCCACAAAAAGCCAACUAGGCGACAACACAAGGUUCAAACAGAUAAUUGGGGAGGAUACAAACGGCCUGCCAGUGAACAAAAUUACUCUGAUGAGGUGGAAGUCGGUGCUGAGCUAGAACCCUCAGAAGAUGAGCUUGCUGAUCUGUCUUAUGCAUGUAACAAGCUUUGGAAACUUGAUUUAAAUCGUUUGGUACCUGGAAAAGAUUAUGAAAUUGAUUGCGGUGAAGGGAAGAGGGUCAGUGGAAGGGAAGAUAUGGCACAAGGAAGCCUCUUUAGUUGGGUUAGCGAAGAAGUACUUAGAAAGCCAACAUUUUCACGCUUUUGUUCUCUACUUGAUAACUACAAUCCAAAUCAAGGGAGCAAAGAAGUUGUGACACCUGAGGAGAGGCAAGAGCAAGCAGCAUUCAUUGAAGAAAUUAGUAGAACUGCACCAAUUAAGUACCUUCACAAGUAUCUUUCAUCCAAGGGAGUUGCAUCCAAUGAGUAUCAAGAUUUUAAGCGUAUGCUGACUAGCUUAUGGUUUGAUCUUUAUGGUCGGGGUGGAACAUGUGGUUCCUCUUCUGCUUUUGAGCAUGUUUUUGUUGGAGAAAUCAAGCAACAAGGAGAGCAGGAGGUUUCUGGUUUCCACAACUGGCUUCAGUUUUACCUUGAAGAGGCUAAAGGGAGUGUUGACUAUCAAGGUUACAUUUUCCCCCGACGACGUGGCCAGUGUCCCGAUUCAGAAACUCAGCUACUUACCAUUCAGUUUGAAUGGAAUGGUGUUCUCAAAUCUGUCUCAAGCACUUUAGUUGGAGUUAGCCCUGAGUUUGAAGUUGCACUUUAUACACUGUGCUUCUUCCUUGGUGGAGAGGACAACCAUGUCGAGCUCGGACCAUAUGCUGUUAAUAUCAAGUGUUAUCGAUUUGGAAACAAAAUGGGGUCAGUGUUUCCAAUAGCAGAGUGUUGAAGUUCCUUCCCUGAGAUUAAUCCAAUAAACAUCUAAGAAAGGAUUGUAUCAUAGAUUAAGAGAUGAGUAGUAUGAGAUGUAACACCUGUAGAAUGUGACAACAAUAGGUAUCAAUCACAAUAUGUGAUGGAAAAAGAUGAUUCUCAGGAUGUACUUAUUUCCUUCUAGGAGGAUACUGAAACUUUUGUAUUAUUACAUGGAUUUGCAAAUGGUUUUGUGAAGAUACUGAGUCCAGCAACUGAUGUUUGUGAUUAUGACUUGUGAAAAGUUAUGUAUUUUGUCAUGUGAUGGAAUAUAGUGUUAAGAGCAGAAGAUCUUGUUCUUUA